AGUUCACAAAAGUCUGCAUAACUGUCAUAUCGACUGUUUUGUAUUGCGAAAACAAUAAUUGCAUCAAUGGUUUGGUUUGGUAUUUAUUCCAAGUUUAAUAAGAAAAUAUGUGAUAGGUAUUUGACAUAAAAAAUAUUGUUUUAUACCGUUUUUGUAACUAAUAAAAGAUGUGGAAUAUGAUGUGUGACGUUAUGCCUACAAUCUCAGAGGAUAGUAUAUCACAGAGAUCCUCCCAGUUUAGUGGAGAAGAUGCUAACUUUGAGCAGCUUAUGGUAUCCAUGCUUGAUGAAAGGGACAAAUUGAUGGAUAGCUUACGAGAAGCACAGGAGAGGCUUAGUGAAACGGAAAAUAAAUUACAAGAUAUCGAAAAAGAAUGCAACACUCUUCAGAGACAGAUAGCUGCUAAUUUGCCUCAGGAAUUCUCAACAUUAACGAAAGAAUUAACUCAAGCACGUGAGACGCUUUUGGAACGGGAUGACGAAAUUGGGGAGCUCAAAGCAGAGAGAAAUAACACUCGGUUUGUCUUCACAUCUCGCCCUGAGCAGAAGCAAAAAAUCGUCCCGCGCACGUGAAACAGUCAAUUCUACCUAAAAAUCAAUCGGUGCCUAUCACAGAAGCAGUCCAUAUAACAUUAGCCUAUACCUACUGUGCGAUUUAGUGAUGAGUGACGGUGCCCAGCAAAAAGCAACCCAGCUGCGGUUGAACUGUGUUGCUGUUGAUUUUUCGAAAUGCCCCGUAAGACCAUCCAUUCGGGAAGUGGAACAGUUAUUAGAAGUGCAGAUGAAACUCAAUCUGGCUGAAGUGAAAACCCUACAAAUGCAUUAUAUCAAACAUUGCGUGCUGAUUUCGUUCAACAACAUUAACCAAGCUGAGUCAUUCGCCUCGCGAAACAACAUGCAGCACACCGCCGAAUGCGGCAAUGUUAAAUAUAGCAUUCCCGUAUACAUCGAGAACGGCGCUGUAGAAGUUCGUGUCCAUGAUUUGGCUACGCGUACCCCUGACGGCGCGAUUAAAAAAUGCUUGCAAAAAUACGGAGAAGUAGACUCCGUUACACAUGAGACUUGGAGGAAUUUUUUCCCGGGCAUCCCUAACGGUGUUCGUGUGGUGAGAAUGCGUGUGACCAAGCCAAUUCCCUCAUACAUAACCGUCACAGCGUUAGGAAGUGACGAUGUUCUCAUUCAUCAAACAUCACUAGUCACGUACCCAGGGCAAAUUCCUACGUGCCAGUUCUGCACGAAGAAGCUGCACCUCGGAAAACCUUGCGUAGAAACUGUUAAGGAAAACUCAAAUCCAACUGAAAUCAGCACACAACCAUCUUACGCUAAACCACUAACAGCUGCAAAACCAACAUCUAUGGAUCAAGCACCAACAACCAGCAACAACAACAACGAAACGAAUGCCGAUAACGAACAUACUAAAACGAACCUUAAGAGUAAAACACAAACUGGAACAUCCGACUGCGAGCAGCAGGAAAGUAGUACGGAUGAGGACAUGGACGUGAACGAUAACGCGAAAGACAAACGAAAUGAACCUCAACUUGCAGUGGACAACACUGGCAAUAUUUCGCCCCCUAGAAAAAGGAUCUCAACACGCAGCAGAAAGCUGCGCCUGAACGAGACCAAAAAUUUAACGUAGCUGUUUUUUUUUUAUUUAUUGUAAAAAAACAAACAAUCGGCCUCGUCGAGCUACCGCAUUUGGGCCUAAAUAAAUUAAUUAAUUAUAAAAAAAAAAUUAUAUCGUUUGAGAACAUUUAGAAUUUGAUGCUUCGCGAUGUUUUUGAUAACACAUACUACAUGGGAUAGUGGCAGGACUCAGAGAAUCGCUCAAAUCAGCAUAGGACAACAUCAGUGCUAGAAAUCUCAAACCACAUCAAUGGGAAAGCGAAAAAAUGGCCCAUAAAAUAGACAUACCAACGAAUUAUUGUUAAUGCUCUGUUAAUAAAAUAUCUAAAUUGUGGUGGGAAAACUGAAUUUUC